GUCAAUUUACGCCCAUCACUUGGGCGCUGUGCCUCCAAUUUACAUACUGCCCGCUGUAGCCUCGCCCGCACCAAGCGACUAGCCAUUCCUCCCUCGUGUCCGACAAUAUCAGACUCGCCACGCCACCUUUUGUCGACUCGGGUACCUGAUCUGCCAUCCCAGUGUUUGCCAAUUCACUCUCAUCAACAACCAUCACCUCAAACCAGACUCUUCUUCACAUCCAUUGGAAUGGCAACAACGGUCAGCAUGAUGGCGUACCCCGUCCGCAAUGGCUUCCAAGCCUAUCCGCAACACUAUGCCAUGUACCCGACUCGUGCGCAGCAACCGCAACUGGACGUCAACCAGCCCAUGAACGUCAACCCAUACGCAUACAACCACGUCGCACAACAACAACAACAACAACAACAACAACAUCACCCGCAACCGCAGCCGCAACCACAACAGCAGCAGUCCUACCAUGUGCAACCUCGCUCUCCUCAAUCCUCGGGAUCACCGACGUCAGACGACGGCUUCAAGCCAUCACUCCCAUCGAUAUCGAACCUUCUCAGCUUCGCCGAUCGACCUGGAGGUGAUGCCAAUCAAACUUCACAAGGCUCCGCGGCACAGCAACAACAGAAAGAGCAGGUGGGGUCGCAACAAACGUCACCACCACUACCAUCAUCACAAGCAAUCGUUGCACAACAAAACCAACCCGCCUCGUAUCCUGUUGCUGAGGCGACUUCAAGUCCUCGCGACGUAGUCCCACCGCCACCGCCAAUGCGCAGCGACUCGGUGCUGGAGUCGACGAACAGCCCGUCAACCAUCUCGACGGCAUCCGCACUCUCGGGCUCUCCAUAUUACGUGGGCAGCUCAAUCAACAACAUGGAGCCAGCAGACCAGCGCGCAGCACAAUUCCCAGUGAUGAAGCGUGCACAAGUCCCUUCGCAGAUGAACGCCUCACCAUAUGGCAGCGCACGCUAUACGGCCUCGCCCUACGCGAACUCGCCCACAAGCAUGCCGGGCACGACAUAUUAUCCACCACAACAGACUGCGUAUCAAGUACCUCAAGGAAUGUAUCAGCAGAGGCCGCUUCCCUCCAACUUCCCUCCGCCACCCCCAGCUGUCCAGGUCCAAUCCUCAGCCCCUCUACCUACAAGCAACCCUUGGGAGCACCACCACUACAUCAGCCCAUCAUCACAAGCCACGUUUCCACAGUCUCAAGACCGCUACAUUUGCACAACGUGCAACAAAGCCUUCAGCAGACCAUCGAGCUUGAAGAUCCACACACACAGCCACACGGGCGAGAAGCCUUUCCGAUGCCCGCACAACGGCUGCGGCAAGGCCUUCUCCGUGCGCAGCAACAUGAAGCGACACGAACGCGGGUGCCACAGUGGCAUGGCAGGUCACAUUGCACACCCACACAUGAUUUGACGUUAAGCGGAUUUUGACUUUUUUCACAAAACGGCACACUUUGGACAUGGAUUUCUGCACCGACAAGCGAGGAGUUCCUGGCGUUAUUUUCGGGCCCAUCUGCGCAACGCAAAUCCCGCGCGUGACUGGGGCCCAUGGGGUUUUCGAAACUCUGAACUGUACAGCAAAAAGGAUUUACCAGGUAAUCCCUGGAUCCAUUGGAUUUUCUGGAACGGCGAGCACAGCGACUGUGCGGCGGAGAGAAAAAAGGAUGGUCGUCGCCUUUUUAGCCGAGACGCCGAUGUAGAACUAGUAUUAAUUACUCUGACUGACGCCUUAGCCAAGCAAACAGACGGCUUGAGCUAGUAUAGAACGGCGCGCCCGGAUGGGCCAUCGCAAGCCGGAAGCAAUGAAAUGAAAGACAAGAUAAUAAUCUGACUGAGAUGCUGGUG